GACAUGAAAUGGGAACAUAGAAGCACAUCCAAAACCACUUGUUUCACAGAGAAGCAACAAUGGCCAUUCAAAUGCAUCCCACAAACUACAACACUUUUCGUUACCAAAUCUCUUGCUCAAUGCAGCAGCAACCUCCUCAAAACAACAUUAAGGUGGUGAUCAAUGGAGCAGCCAAGGAAAUUGGAAUGGCGGCUGUAAUGGCAGUCACAAAAGCCAGAGGAAUGGAGGUGGCCGGAGCUGUUGAUUCACAUCUCGUCGGAGAAGACAUCGGAAAGGUGUGUGGCAUGGAAGAAGCUCUAGAGAUACCCAUAAUCAGUGAUCUCACCAUGGUAUUAGGUUCCAUAUCUCAGUCAAAAGCAACAUCAGUUGUAGUCGAUUUUACCGAACCCUCUACCGUUUACGAUAACAUCAAACAGGCAACGGCAUUUGGCAUGAAUAGUGUGGUCUACGUGCCACGAAUCAAGCCCGAAACCAUAGCAGCAUUAUCGGCCUUCUGCGAUAAAGCCAGCAUGGGAUGUUUGGUUGCACCAACUUUGUCGAUAGGAUCGAUCCUACUCCAACAAGCGGCAAUUUCAGCUGCUUUUCACUAUAACCAUGUCGAGAUUGUUGAAUCUAAAGAUAACGCGGGAGCAUUCCCGUCGCAAGAAUCUGCACAAAUUGCCGACAACCUAUCCAACCUCGGACAACUCUAUAAUCGAGAUGAUCUGGAAACAGAUGUUCCCGCACGAGGACAACGACUAGGAGAAGAUGGGGUUCGCGUGCAUAGUUUAGUUCUUCCCGGACUCGUAUCUAGUACAACCGUUCAUUUUUCGGGGCCAGGAGAGGUCUAUUCUAUCAAACAUGAUAUCACGGACGUCCAGUGUCUCAUGCCGGGACUUAUUCUAGCAGUCAGGCAAGUUGUGCGACUUAAGAAUCUGGUGUACGGCUUAGAGAAGUUCUUGUAGAAAAGAAGUCUCCCAAAUGACUAUUUACGUUUGAAAUAACAAACAAUUAUUCACCUUUUAUGUCUAUUAGAUGCAAAAUAAUCGGUGUCUAGAUGGUAUUUCUUUUUUGAAAACUUCCUUUUUGAUUCUUUUAUGAUUCUACAAGUCAUGUACUAAUUUAUUCUCGAUAAAACGGAUAUGAAAAAUGUUCAUUUU